AUGGCAUCUGCAGCAACCCAGCAAGCUUUCGUUCCCGAGCCCUUUGGAGCUCAAGAUAUUGAGGUCAAGCCUCGUGAUGUGACGACCAUUUUCAACUAUUUCAAAGAAAAUGAAGAUGGCUCUCCUCCCGCACCAAGCUAUGUCGGAAAGCCAGAAACAUACUUCAGGCCGACUGUGCCACAGAAGACGGUAGUCCACGACAUCCGCGGUACCGAGAAACAAUAUACUUUGGACACCAAAGGCUUCCAGAUCGUGAAGCAUGCAAGCAAAGAGAAGGACUUCCUGGAUGAUGAGCAGAUCAAACGCAUUUACUACCCUGAGACUGAAGAUUUAUUGAAGAAGGCCACCGGAGCUUCUAAAAUAUUUAUUUUCGACCACACCAUCCGCCGCAACGCGCCUGACUCCAGCCAGACCGCCGAGAACCCAAAAGUACCCAUCACACUCCGUGGUCCCGUCCAACGAGUCCACAUCGAUCAAUCAUACGCUGCCGGACCCCAGCGAGUUACCCACCACCUCCCAAACGAAGCAUCCACUCUUCUCCGCGGCCGGUAUCAAAUCAUCAACGUCUGGCGUCCGAUUAAGACCAUCUUGAAAGAUCCUCUCGGCGUCGCAGAAGCUGGCUCAGUCCAAGACUCAGAUCUUGUUGGUGUCAAGCUCAUCUAUCCGGAUCGUGAAGGAGAGACGUACUCUGUGAGACCAAGUCUGGAACAUAAGUGGCACUACCUGUAUAAGCAGACUUCAGAAGAGGUGUUGCUUAUUAAGUGUUUUGAUUCGAAGACAGAUGGGAGAGCUAGGAGGGUGCCGCAUAGUGCGUUUGUAGAUGAAGGGCAUGAGGGCGAUGUAGCGAGAGAGAGUAUCGAGGUCAGGGCUUUGGUUUUUCAUCCUGAUGACACCUAGUAGUAGCUCGGCAUGCGUGGGAUGGGACCGAAUAUCAUUA